ACGCGUUAGGGAGGGUUUAGGUAAAAUAUGUUUUGCUGAAAGAGGAGGACCAUCCAUUUUAAUUUCAGAGAGGUCCGAUUUUCAGGAGAGGUGUCUUCUUAUAAAUAACGUUCACAACCCUUCUAUGCUCGUUGGCAGGGGUAGGACAUGCAGUGCGUCAAACUUCUCAAAUAAAACAAAAAAACUAGCGACACAGACGCCCGGACUACGGAGACGCAGAUUGGUUGAAUAACAAUUGUGUGUACAUUUAUUUCGCAGCGCUCGCGCACGCAACCUGGGCGGUCGAGUCAAGCGCUUCCUGGUGGAUUCAUUCGAGGAGUUUCUCUAGUUUCAAGAAACUUUAUUAUAAUAUGUACAUGUUCUAGGCUAUAGAUACAGUAUGUUUACUAUUGUAGCCUAAAAAAACGCUAGUUUCAAGAUAAUAGUGUGGAACACACACACUUGGAAAGACUACCACAUUGAGAGAGGAGCCACGCACUCAGGGUUUGGGAUUUACUGGAACCAGGACAUAUCCAUCCUUAAGGAUUUUAGUGGCGUAGUUCCUCCGGAUUGUGGGAAUCCCAUUGAACUGACCAGGAGGGAGUUGCUUGCUUUCGCAAAACCAACACUGGAGUCGACCAUGGGGGAUAAAGAGGACUUAGUAGUGACCACGGCUGUGAACUUUGUCGGGAACGGAAACUUCCUGGACUCGGUGUUCCGCUACACCCUCUUCCCAGUGUUCUACGGUGUUGUGUUCAUCCUUGGGCUGAUAUCCAAUAGUUACGUGCUGUUCGUGCUGUGGCGCCUGCGCGAUGCCAAGGCCUUGAACGAGAUCUGCAUCUACAUGGCCAACCUGACUGUGGCCGACCUCCUCUUCGUGUCCGCCCUCCCCUUCUGGAUUGGCUACUACCAUCAUGGUGGCGUCUGGCUCUACGGCGAAUUCCUGUGCCGUGUCACCGGCGUGUUCUUCUUCAUCAACACCUACUGCUCCAUCCUCUUCCUUGCUGCCAUCAGUAUCAACCGCUACUGGGCCAUCACGCGUCCGCUGGAUGCCGCCUCGUCCGACCAUUGGUGCCGUGGGGUGGCCGUCACAGCGGUCAUCUGGGGGGUCACUCUGUCCAUGUCUGUGCCAUACCUCGUGAAGACGGGCAUUCAGAAGGACAAGAGCAACGUGUCGCGAUGCUUCGAGGGCUACCACAAUGAGACGGAUGGCGAGAAGCGGCUGGUGGCCGCAACCCACCUUAUCAUUGUGGGGUGCUUCGUCUUGGUCUUCUUCCUCGUUGUAGUGUGUAAUCUGCUCAUCGCCCGGGCGUUACUAGCCCAGUCCCUUACCCAGGCUCGGGGCUCCAGUUCCUCCAAACCCCGGGGGGUGAAGGGCCGGGCCCUGCAGAUGCUGUGCGCUGUGGUGGGGGUGUUCGUGGUGUGCUUCCUCCCCCACCACAUGGUCCAGGGCCCCUGGACCCUGGCUGUGCUGGAGAUCAAGGAGGGCUGGGGCAGCACGGAAUGGAGCCAGAAGACCAAGCAAUGGUUGAACGACGCCCACCAGGUCACUCUGAUGCUGAUGGGGCUCAACUGCCUCUUCGAUCCCGUGGUGUACUGCUUCGCCACCAGGAGGUUCCACAUGUAUAUCAAGGACCAUCUGAAAAAGGUGAGGAGGGGCAGAGCCUGCUCGGAAACAGCCACCACACACGUCUCUAUAGUGGAAUGCAAGAAUGUGAGCCAGCGGCUCCAUAGCGAACAGCAGCAGCUCAAUAAUUAAAGUCCUUCACUGUAACGGAAAACUGUAAUUUAUAUGGUAAAUUUGGGUAUUAUCGAUAGUAAAGUACUCCAAACAUUUUACUUCAGCAUAGUGUAAAUUGUUGUGGGCGGGGAAACAAUUGCUUUAUUUUGAAUGGUACUGUAAUUCCACCCCACAGAAUACAGUACUGUACCUUGUCUUUGGGGGGCCAAAAACAUUUUGACCACUUGUGAGUGCAUGUUAUUGUUGUUUCUGGCUUAUUAACAUAUUUUGAGCCGUGCCUUGUAAGAGGCUAUAUUUGUUGCACCCAUGAGUGAAAAUGCUGUACCAAUUUAACUCCUAUGUUAAAGGAGACAGAUUGUACAGGGGACAGAUUUUAGUGGCAGCAAUUCUUAAACCUUUAAAUGGUUGAGCAUUUUGCCAUGUCCUUUUGGUCUGUACCCCUGUAGUCGCUGCCAGUUUGGAAGAUUUUGUUAAGGCAUCUACAGGUGCAAGUAAUAUAAAACACCAAGUAUGCAUUAAUAUGCUGUGGGAUGUUUACAACCAGAUGCAUCUGGUUUUCAAGGGAGAGGAAAGAGAGCCUGUGACGCCUACACAACGGGUAGCCAUUUGAUUAGCUGUUAAAUUUCACCACCUCUUUCUUCCUGUUUGUUUUCUCUUUGAGCGUAAACAGAGUAUAAAAGCAGAAGUUUCAUAGGGAACUGGAGCUUCUAUAAAUAAUAAAUUCACCCCGUAUACAAUUUCCUCUGGAAGGAGGUUAAGGGCUCUAUUCAGAAAUCCUCAUUAUUUCGUUGAAUUAUUUAAAAUUUGAGCUUCAUUAUUUCCAUAUAGCCUAUACUUUCUCGUUCUGAACUUCAAACGUGAGUAGGACGGGUCUGGCUUUGUGACAAUGAUCAAGACCAGCUGCUCACCGAUAUGACAGCCCCAAUGCAGUUACACCUCCGACACCGCCAAAACAUCAGCUAUGUGGGUGUCGGCUAUUGCCGGUUAAUGCUGAUCUGAUUGAAUCUAGGCCUAAGGGUCCCACUGUUCAGCAAGAGUAGGAGCAGGGCAAGUUUCAUUCAGCCAUCAGGCUGCUGAACAGUGGGACGGAUGAACAGUAGGCCCCAGAGACUUUGAAUAUGUGAAAAUCUAAAUGUGUGACUUGUGUACUAGCUUUCCAGUUUUUCCUACGGCAUGUAAUAUAUUGUGUUGUGUAUUUGUAUGCUGACAUCACAAAAUGAAUUUACAUGUAAAUGGACAAAGUACAGUAUAUCGUAUCAUAUCGUAUUUGUUUUGCAAUUUUGUACGCCAAAUUUUGCAAAACAAAUACUGGGAGCCAAGAAGUACUUUUAAAAAUGUGAUGCAUUGCUAUUAUUGUUAUUGCUGUUAUUAUUAUAAAGAAUGAUGAAGUAACAAGCUUUAAGGUCAUUUUAUGAGGCUGGUAACCAUCCUAGAUGUCAAUUCAACAUCUCUUCCAUGUUGGGUCAGCGUAAUUUCAAUGAAAUGACGUGGAAACAAUGUUGAUUCAACCUGUGUAUGCCCAGUGGGAUGUGAUGAACUUGAUUACUUCUCAGCUGUCAGCUGCUGAAGUAUAAACAGAGAUGGUUUAUGAAGUAAGUUGACCACUGAUAUAAAUGUUGCACUUACUGUAACUCUUUGUAUGUAAUGCAAUUGGAACAUAUUGUGUAACGCUGUACUGCAUUCUCAAAUAAAACAAAUAUCUAACAGA